GAUUGUACACUGCGGACCUUUCUGGUCUGAUGCACAACAGUUUCCUCACGCUGUUGGUUAGACUUUCUGACAGUGUUGCGAGAUCUUAGGCCGAUUCUGAUCAAACUUUUUUUUCAUGACACUUUUAUUUGCUAAUAGCAUCAAUUAUGUUCGUUUGCUAGCGGAUGUUUACGUCUCCAGGCGUGUCUUUAGCUGUUAGCGUAUUAGCAAGGUUAGUGUUACUCCGCUAAUUCCUCUGAGGAGAGCGGGCUGUUACAACAUAAACAAAACAGGUAAAGUAGCUGCAAAUUUGAUUCAAGUGUUAUAAAAUUAGCAAGUUUUACAAGCGUUUAUUUGCAAUAAUUCAAUCCCACGUUUAUAAAGUCAUAAAAGCAAUAGCAUUAUGGACCUAGAUAAUCUAUAACAACCCAAAACAUAAGCUCUACCACAAACUUUACUUUCUGAAAGCUUUAAUUUGACAGGCUUUGUUGACAUGAUCAGACAGAUGAUCACUGUAUUUGCCGGAAACGUGAUGGGUUUUAGUGGAAGGUGUUGCUUACAGUAUGCCCACUUCACUACCAAAGAUAAACGAAAUCAAAUGACAGGAAGAGCUUUCAAUAUAGUGAACACCAUAACACUCCCAACACCCUCUUCAGCUUCAGUUUCAGCUUCAGCAGGGGAUUUCAAGGAAAUGAUCACGAGUCUGACCACGUGAACACAAAUCAACAAUUUGACGUCUUAUCUCGUUCUAUUUCAACUGCAAAUUGUUAAGUAUCGUAUCGAAAAGUGCUGUACGAAUAAAUAAAGUAUGAUUGUGAUUAUAAAUUAACUUUUUUUUCAGAUCAAAGGAUUGCAGGAAGUCUGUAAGGGUUGUGAUGGAAAACACAGAGAAAGAGGACAAAGUUGAAAAGAAGACACAUGUGGCAGUAAAGGGUGAAGCUUUCAUCAAGCAAGAGUAAGUAAAAACCAAUUUUUUUAGAGCAGGGGUGUCAAACUCAACCACAGCAAGGGCCACAAUCCGGAUUUAGGUCAAACCUGAGGGCCAAAGAGGGUCAACAUUUCACCAAAACUGUCAACCUCCUUUUCAAAAAAUAUGUAACAAAAACAGAUAUAAUUAUAAAUCAUUUGGAAAUUCAAAAAGAUUAAAAAAAAAAAAGUUAAAAGGCAAUCUGAGAUAGAAAAUUUUUUUUUAAUUUUUUUCUAUUUUAAUUUAUUAGUUCAAAAGCUCAGAGCAUGAUAUUAGAAAUAAAAAAAACUAAUGCUUUUAAAGAGCAAAUACACGAGAAGAACAUUGAAAUCGGGUAUAAAAGGUCAAAAUAUGACUUAAAAUUUAAAAUUGUAAUCUUAAGUAUAAAAAUCGCACAAGUUCAAAUACUGAAUUGAACAAAAUCAAAGCAUGAAAUAAAAAAAUCUAAUCAUGUUUGACUUAUAAUCUUGAAAUGCAAAAUUGAAAACAUAAAAUAAAAAACCAAAUAUUUUUUCCCCCACAUUCUUGACUGUUUAUCAAAUCUUCCUUACUCUUUAAUUUCCCAGAUUUUCAUGGUUUAUUACGUACAUUUAAAAUAAUGGUGCUAAAGUUUACAUUAUUAUACUGGAGGAAAUCUGCAGACUUCAUACUGGUGGACCAAUAAUAAUACAAAUAUGAUAUGAUCAUGUGGGCCAGAUAUAAAUGUUACACAGGCCAGAUUUGGUCCCCGGGCCUUGAGUUUGACACCUGUGCUCUAGAGGACAUACGAACACACUCUGAAGAGCAUAGGAAUAACAGUAAGACUUGUUGUCUUGUAAGAACAGAUUUACAAGACUGUACUGAUCAAAACUUUUGUCUAGGGAGAAGGGGAAAUUUUGCUCGGCACUCCACACCAGUUUUCCCCAUACUCCAUCCUGUUCUUAUCAGUGUGCCGAGACUUGCUUGUUGUGACAACUACUUGCUUACAUACAGAAUAAUUUGUGAAUAGCAUCACAUUAGUAGUCAUGUGAUGUGUAGUCAUCUAGCGUUGUUUUGCCUUUACACACUGUCUGCAAGACUAUUCCUGUCCUUCUUGUCUUUGCAGAUUUCUUACCACCAAAGAAAAUUUUCAUGAGUUUGUAGACUCUGAGUGGAAUGCUAGAAAUGGAGAAAAGGUGUCUGCAAAUGACAAAGUUGAGGAGACAUCUGCUGAAGAACCUGAAGCAAAAAAGCUGAAACUGGAGUCUGAGGAGAAAUAUAAAACAGGAAACCCAGGUGGUAGACGUCGGGGGCAGAAUAAGUCGAGGCCUCACACAAAAUCAUCUGCGUAUGAUGAAAAACGCCUGUGUCUCUCAGUCAUUCAAGUACGAACUUUAACCUUCAACUUGUUUUAUUUGAUUCAUUUUUGUAUCCGUCCCAGCUCUCAGUUAUUGACUUUCUCCCUACAUGCAGGAGGGAAGGGAAUGCCCCUUUGGAGCCAAGUGCCACUUUUACCACGAUGUUGCAGAGUACAUGGCCACAAAGCCUGCUGACAUUGGGGAAAGCUGCUACCUCUAUGACACAUUUGGAAAAUGUACUUUUGGUCUCGCUUGCCGCUUUGCCAAGGCUCACACCACACCUGACUUCAAAACCAUGGAGAACGCCGAACUGAUAAAGACCCAGGAGGGCAGGACUCCUGUGAAGAACAGCCUGAGUAAAGACCUCCAGUACCGUCUGAGGAAGCACUUGGUGUCCUUCGAUAAGUCAGAGGAGUACCUAAAAUCCCUUCCAAACAAUAAAGACAAAGGAGAACAGAAAGGAAACGGUAAGACAGUUGACCAUUUUUAAGAAUGUGAAAACACUCUCACAAGAACCCGAGGUACUGUGUGUGUCUCCUUUAGCCAUAUGGUUUGUAUUUGAUCAGUGCUUCUGCAUGAAUCAAGACAGAUCAAGACAGCUUCCAUUUAAUCAGCUAAUGUAGUUUAGGUGGGGCAUCAUGCAUACCAGUCUUUGUAUUUUGAGCUAAAUAGCUGUUAAAUCACCACCUUUUAAACUAGAUUUUUGCUAUGCACUGUAAUGCUGAGUUUAGGGUGAACUUUACAUUUAUGUUGUGUUUCCUGAGUUAAUUUUGAAUUGAGUGUUUUUACUCACUUAGGUAACACCCCUGUAGUGGAAGUAUCUGCAGAUUCAACAGACAAGGUGCAGCUUGCAUCUUCUGAAACAGAAACAAAGGUAUAAAAUCGAACCUAAAGCCCCGCAUUUUUAUUACACAUUGUAUUUUUUACAGAGUUUUUCUUAUUCUCCAUGCUUGCUUUGUGAAAACUACAGACCAGCUUGGAUAAACAGUCCCCAGUGAAGACUGUUGGCCCCCUGACUGAUGAAGAUGUCAUCAAGUUACGGCCAUGUGAAAAGAAACAGGUAUACUUCUGUGCCAAUCUUCUGUCUUAAACAGUUUUAUUUCCUCGAGAACUUAAAGAGUAAUUUUGGACGAUUUAAGGGAUGUUAUGACAUUUCCCUUGCUCGCUGCAUGAAAUGGACCAGUAAACAGUAUUAAAGCCAAAUGAUGCCAAGUGAUGGUGAUAGAUAUUUAAAAGGCUAUUCACACUAGUAGAAUCUCUGAACUUGCAGCAUGGAUGAAUGUCUGAUAAAUAACUCAAUUUGUCUCUGUGUUUUAGGUGGAUUUUCAAGACAAGCUCUACCUUGCUCCUCUAACAACUGUAAGUGUGAUCUCUAUCCUGAUUUGUUCUGAAGUGGUUUCUAUGUAUAUUACUCUAAAGACCGAUAACAAAUCAUGCUCAUGACUCUCUGAAAAGGUUUGACCUGACUUUACGUUUUCCUCUGUCCUUCUUUAGUGCGGAAAUCUGCCGUUCCGUCGAGUUUGUAAGCGCUUCGGAGCAGACAUCACAUGUGGGGAGAUGGCCAUGUGCACAAACCUGCUGCAGGGGCAGCAGUCAGAGUGGGCACUUCUAAAACGCCACGAAAGUGAAGAUGUUUUUGGGGUCCAGGUAAUGCCAGCAUGGACAAUAGAAAUGCUCCAGAGCUCCUCAGAAUAUUUAAACAAUUGCUUAAAUUGAUUUUAUAAACAGCUUGUGGGCUUUGUCAUAUCCUCUGUGAACAUGUUUGUGAACAAUCCUGAAAUGCAUAUCUGCAGGUGGAGGGCUGCUUUCCUGACUCUAUGACAAGGUGUGCAGAGCUAAUCAACAAAAACAUUGAAGUUGACUUUGUGGACAUCAACUCUGGGUGUCCCAUCGAUCUCGUUUACAAGAAGGUGAACACCCAACAUAUAAUCCUGUUCAGAUUAAUGUGUAUGACUGCGGUUUGACCGUCUGCAACCACACACAUCUUUUUUGAAUGCAAAGUUUGAGCUACAUAAUCUUCUAUAACCUACUUUUGGUGGCAUCUUAGACGAUAAAACCAUAUUUUCAGCUCGACAGAUGUAAUGGACAGAACAUAAAGUCAUAUAGGAGAAUACUACAGUAUCAUGAUAAGUUUGAGUCCUUCGGCUGUUGCACAGACCUGGUAUUAAACAUCAAAAUGACACAAGGACCAAUGAUGUUUAUUUGCUUUUCCUCAUCAGGGUGGAGGUUGUGGUUUGAUGACACGCACCAGGAAGUUUGAACAGAUAAUCAAGGGGAUGAAUUACGUAAGUGUUGAUUUUUUUUAACCAGAUCUAAAGCAAUAUUUGAAUUUUCAAUGGAACUCUGCCUUUUAUAGGAAAAAUAUUUGUAUACAAAGAGAAUAAUAAGUCAAAAUUAUUUAAGAAUUCAAAAUAUAAAUACAAUUUCUCUUGAAACAUUGACUUAAUUAUUGAAUUCUGCUUUUAAGUCAAAGAUUUAUGUGAUUUGGGUCUUUCCAAAGGUCCUCGAUGUGCCUUUGACUGUCAAGAUCCGCACUGGUGUUCAGGAAAAGUGCAACAUAGCACACAAACUCAUCCCUGAGAUGAAGAAGUGGGGAGUCUCAAUGGUCACAGUAAGCUUUUAAAUCUCAUGUUUAGGAACUUUGCAGAGUUUUAGUUUGGACGUUCAGCACUCUAACAUUCUAUAUAUGUAUUACACUAUGGAUCACCAUAAUAGGUCCAAUUUAACUUAAAUGUUUUGUGCUAACAAUAACAUUUACACUGUUCUUCAUCUCCCAGUUACAUGGCCGAUCCAGAGAGCAGCGCUACACCAAAUCCGCAGACUGGGACUACAUCAGCUCCUGCUCCAAGCUGGCCAGUCCUGUCCCUCUAUUUGGUGUGUGGAUUUUUUAUUAGACUUUCAUUAAACAGCAAUGUGAAGCCCUCUCUUGAACGAAUGGAGAUCUGAAGGCAAUAAAUUAUGUAUGAGUUGAAGUAUGACAAUUUUUGUGCUCAUGAGAUGUGCCUAUCGUACCAGGUAAUGGAGAUAUCCUGUCCUAUGAGGACGCCAUGAAAGCCAGGGAAACUGGAGUUUCUGGCAUUAUGAUCGCAAGGUAGGUACCAUGAAUCGUCAAAACUGAAUUCCUGACCAGAGGAAUGACUCCAAAUUAAAAGUCUAAAUAAAUUUUCAACUUAAAUGUGACUGAAGGUAAAUUUCAAACCGGUAUUGAAUUUUUUUUUUUGUGUUUUCUGUCUUUAGAGGUGCUCUCAUAAAGCCAUGGAUCUUCACUGAAAUAAAGGAGAGCAGAGACUGGGACAUCUCGUCCAGUGAGCGACUUGACGUCCUCAGGGACUUCACCAACUUUGGUCUGGAGCACUGGGGCUCUGACACUCGAGGUGUUGAGAAGACCCGCAACUUCAUGCUGGAGUGGCUCUCCUUCAUGUGCAGGUAGGCAAAAAUUCAAUAUUAAACCAACUGUAAGUUAUUUUCCCUUCACAAUGUGGUCUGAUAUUUUAGUGAGUGCCAGUAAGGUAAGUAGAAAGUUCCUCUGCCACAGCUCAGGAUUAAGGUUUUUGUUUUCUCUCUCCCUCUCUCUUCCUCUCUUUCUCUCUGUCUUCCUCUCAGGUAUAUUCCUGUUGGCCUGUUGGAGCGAGUCCCUCAGAGGAUCAAUGAGCGGCCUCCGUACUACAUGGGCAGAAACUACCUGGAGUCACUGAUGGCGAGUCAACACGUCGGGGAUUGGGUCAGAAUUAGGUGAGCACAAAACUACUAAUAAACAAAAACUACUCUCAUAAUCUAGCAACACUAAAAUCCCCCAUCAAUUUAUAUUUUUACUGAAAUUUCUCUCUCUCUAUUUUUCCAGUGAAAUGCUACUUGGACCCGUGCCGAAGAACUUCAACUUCCUACCCAAACAUAAAGCCAAUGCUUACAAGUAAAAUAUCUCCAUCUGAUUGCUUAAAAUCAUCACAUUUUUGUUUUUUAAGUGUGUGGUUCACAUGCUUACUUUUGCUUUGAUAGAAAAUAUGACUGAAGAAAGAAAAUCUUUUGUUCUGUUUGAUUAAAAUUAUUUGAUGUAAUAAUCUGUUUGUUUUACCUGUGGUGCUGAAGUAAAACACCCAAGUGUGAAUAUCUUUGAAACUGAUGCAAUAAAUUCUUUUGCCACAUUAAGAAAUA